AUGACUGUUGUUACACCUCAAGCAUCAUCUGAUGGUGAUGCUCAACAGCAGCCACAAUCUCCAUCGAAUACAACAUUCGAAUGGAAAACAUUAAUUGAAUCAUUUACCGAUAAUACGAACAGUACAAAAUAUAAUGAUCUAAUUCAAUCAAUUUUACGAUGGGAAGAUCUGUUGAGUCGACCAGAUCCAAUAAAUGAACAGUUUCUAAAUCCAUUUGUUAUUGUAGCAACACAUUAUCUUGUUGGAGGAUUAGCACGAGUUGAACGUUUUUAUUUUACCGAUGUGAUAAAUGUAGGAAAGUUAUUAUUAAAAUAUCUUUUACAAAAUGCUUUACCAAAAACAAAUCAUACAAAUCGAAUAUCGAUAUUAAAUGCAAUUAAAUCAUUAUGUUAUUCUCAAACAUAUCUUUCAUCAUCAGAAUUGAAAGAUUAUUUAGAAUUAGUUAAAAAAUCCGAUGGACCACAAAUAAAUAAAGAUGAUCGUCGAUUACGUUCAUCAAGUAAAACAAUGAUCACACGACGUGAAACUGGUUUAGUUGAUUCAUUAUGCAAUGCUGUUCUAUUUGACUUAUCAAUAUCAGAUGAUUCAUCGAAUGGGAAUAAACGUGAAAGACCACAAUCAGGUGGUUCAUCAUCAAAAUUAACAUUUCCUAAACAUAUGAGUCAAGUUCUAUUGAAUGAUUUUAAACAAUUACAUGGUGAACAGUAUUUUAGUGAGAUAUUGUUCCAUAUGCCAUUGAUAAUUGAUUCAAAAAUUAAUAUAAAUUAUAUUCUUCAUAAUAAUAUAAUUAUUUCUGGUAAUGAUACACAAUUUCAAGAGAACUUAGUAUCAAUUAAAAAUGAUCUUGAUUUUCUACGUCGUACAAUUCAAUUGCCAGUAAUAGAACCACUUGAUGAAAAUCGUCUAAAUAAAUUUAUUACUAUGACAUUAAAUUCACUUUUAAUUGGAUUGAAAUAUGUUCGUUUAGUAAUAAAUAAUGAUGAAAUAAUAACUAAUGAUCAAAUUUUACAUGAUAUAGCACGUACAUGUAUUAAACUCGGUGAUACAAUACGAAAUUCACCUCGACUUGAAAAUUCACGAAAUAUUUUUCUUAAUUAUCAUCUUUUAUUGGCAAUUACAUUAACAAAAGGAAUUAAAGAAAUUCUUCAAAAUAUUAAUAUUAGUAAUAAUAAUAAUAAUAAUAAUCAAAAUGAAACACAACAACAACAACAACAAUCAAAAAUAUCAAUAAACAAUCUAUUAAUUCAUCUUAUUGCAAUUCUAAUGUUUUCAACUCGAGAAUUAAUCAAUGAUAUAUCAUAUUCUGAUUUAAAUAUUGAAAUAAUUGAUUCUCGUAAUGAAAAAUUUUCAUUUAUUAAGAUAACAGAUCUACUUCAAUCAUCUCAACGUUAUUUUUAUUUACAAGAACAUCAAACAUUAAAAUUAUUUUUAAUUAUUUUAAAUCGUCUUAUUUCAUCAUCAUCAUCAACAAUAAAAAUAACAUCAACAAUUCCUGAUGCACCACCAUUACCACCAGAAACUCCAUCAACAGAAAGUAUUAGUGAAGAUACAUUUGGUAUAAAAAAUUUAUUUGAUGAAACAAAUACAAUAAAUUUAACAAAUACUUCAACAACAACAGCAACAACAACAACAUCUCAACAAACAAAUUAUCGUUCAUCAUUAUCAUCAACUAAUCGUAAACGAACAAUAUUAAAUCGUUGUUUAGAAAUUGAUUUAUGUUCAGAUGAAAUUAUUGAUCAAGAUGAUUAUUAUGAUUUAUUAAAUUAUCUUGAUAAAAAUUAUCUAAAUCAAAAUAUAUCAAUUCUUAUUAAUGAUCUUACAAUAACAUUAAAUACAAAUGAUCAAAUUGAUAAUUUAUCAUAUUUAAUUCAACAUUCAAUAACAAUACCAAGAUUUAUUCAUAAUCUUAUACAAAGUGAUAUAUUAACAUAUACAAAUGAAGAUUUAUUACUUGAAAAACUUGGAAUUUCAUUAGAUCAAUCAUGGUCAUUAAAAAUUUCAAUAAAUAAUUUAAUAAUUUUUCUUAAAAUUAUAUUAAAACGAAAAAAUCCGGAAUUAAUGUGUUUAUUAUGGGAUAAAUUUCUUCAAAGUAUUGCAAAUUCAACAGAUGAAUUAACACUUGAACAUUUAGAAAUUUUUCUUAUAUUUUUUCAUCAAAUGACAAUUCCACAACGUAAAAAUAUUCUUUUACAACUUGUUGAAAUUAUUCAAAAAACAAAGCAUAAUAUUUAUUUAUUAAUUCUAUUUGAAUAUAUAAUGUUUAAUUUUUAUGAAAUUCCAGAAGAAAUUAUUGAAAAUAUUCAACAACUUAUAUCAAAAAAUGAUAUAAUACCAACAACAAAUUUUAAUCAAAUUAUUACAAAAAAUAAUUCAAAUUAUCUUGAUGGAUUUGCGUUAAAAAAUCUUUAUAACAAUCCAAUUUAUAAUCAAUUUUAUAAUUAUCUUAUUGAACAAUUAGAUUUUACAAAAAUAAAUAGAGAAGGAUUAUCUAAUACAUUAUUCAAACAAUAUUAUGAUCUUUUAUGGCGUAUACUUGGUUAUUUACCACCAUCAAAUGAAUUUCUUGAAAAUAUGAAUACAUAUAAUGAAACAACAUAUUUAUUACAUUUAUUUCGUUUUGAAAAAAAAAUAAUAAAUGAUAAAUAUAUAAAAGAAUUUCUUUCAAAAGAAAUAACAUUUACAAAUAUUGAAUGGUUUAAAAAUUUAAAUAAAAAAUCUUAUUCUCUAUUUGAUUUAAUUGUUUAUCAAAUGUUAUUACAAAAUUUAACUUCAACAUCUGAAGAAAUAAAUAAUUUAUAUAAAAUAUUUCUUGAUGAAUUUAAAUUAUCAUUAAAUACAAAUCCAUAUAUUGAAUCAUUAUUAUUAAUACCUAUAAUAAAAAAUUUUGAAGAUAAAACUAAAACAAUAACAAUUCCAAUAUUACCAAAUGAUUUUGAAGAAUUAUUUAAAUAUCAAUUAAAUUAUAUAUUAGAACAAGAAAAUAAUUUAAAUUAUAUUUUUCUUCGACAAAUUCUUCAAAUUUUAUCAAUAAUUAAUUCAGAAAUUAAUGAUAAACAAUUAUAUAUUGAAAUACAACUUAAUACAAAUUUACAAUUUCUUAAAGAACAAAUUAAAUUAAAAGAUCUUAAUAUAGAAACAAUACAAAAUGAUAUAAAUGAAUGUAUAUAUAAAAAUAUAUUUGAAAUAUUAUUUAAUAAAAAUUUUCCAAAUGAUAUUAUUAAUGAAGAUAUUUAUCAUGAUUUAAUUAAAUAUCUUGAUGAACAAUUUCAACCAAAUAUAUUUCAAAAUUGUUUAUUACCAUAUAAUUUAUUUGAUUUACUUUAUUUAACAUCAAAACCAAAUUUAUCUUUAUCAAUAUUUGCAAGAAUGUUAAUGUUAUUUAAUAAAAUUUUUUCAUAUUCAAAUCAAUUUCAAUUAUUAAUACAAGAUUUAAAUUAUAUUGCUAAUUUAACUAAUGAACAAUUAUCACAAUGGUUAUCAAAACUUGUUUUAUUACAAAAUAAUGAAAAAAAUCAAUUAUAUACAGCUGAACAAUAUAAACAUAUAUUAGAAACAUUUACAAAAUAUUUAAUUAAAAAAAAUGAUGAUGGUACAAAUAUGAUUGGAGAAGAAGUUUCUUUAUCAAUAUUAUCUUUAUUAAUACAAUUAGGAAAUGAAUUAUUAAAACCAAAUAAAUAUGCAUUAGGUUUUCCACAAAUUAUACAAUUAUUAAUUAUUUUAGCUGGACAUGGUUCAGGUAAUGGACAUACAUUUUUAUUUCAAGCUGCAGCUAUUUGGUUGGAAUUUUGUGCUGAUACACUUGCAGAUAAAAAUGAAGAUUCUACACCAUCAUCAUUCUUAUCAUCACUUCUAUCUUCAUUAUCAACAUCUUCAUCGAUUGAAUCUCUUACACUUUUUCAUUAUAAUAUUCUUGAAGCAAGUGUCUAUUUACUUGCUUAUAUAAAUGAUAUUUUAAUAGCUUUAAAACAUUUAUCAACAAUAAAUGAUUCAACAUCUUUAAAAUCUUCAUUAAAACUUGAUGAAUCAGGUGAUGAUGAAGAUGAUGAUUCACAAGAUGAUGAAGAUAUAAAUAUUGAUCAAAAAAAAACUCUUCUUUCAUCAACAAUUCAAUUUGAAUAUGAUCCAAAUAAAUUAUGUACAUAUACAACAACAAAAAAAGAAUAUGCUAAUCAACAUUGGUAUCAUUGUCAUACAUGUAAAAUGAUUGAUCGUGUUGGUAUUUGUCAAAUAUGUGCUAAUGUUUGUCAUAAAGAUCAUGAUAUAUCAUAUGCAAAAUAUGGUUCAUUUUUUUGUGAUUGUGGUGCUAAAGAAGAUGGUUCAUGUCAAGCAUUAGCUAAACGUCCAAUUACAACAACAACAAUUAUUCAACCACUAUCAUCAUUACAAAAGAGAAAAAUUAAAAAAUUACCAUCAUUAUCAAAUAAAAAACCUAAAUUAACAAAUCGUCAACGUCGUUUAAUUCGACAAAUUAAUACUAAACAACAAGAUUAUAAUUUAUGUAUACAAAAUAAACAUAUACCAUAUAAUACACUUCGUUUAUUUAAAUUACUUCAACCAUAUAUUAAUAAUCAAUAUCAACAAAUAUAUAGUAUUGAAAAUAAAUUUGAUUUAAUAUCAGAAUAUUUAAAAACACAUAAUCAAUUAUUAUCUAUUGAAAAUGAUGAAAAUAAACAACAACAACAACAACAACAAUUAUUUACUGGUAUAUUACAUUCACAAGAAAAUGCAUUUGAACAUGUUAAAUUAUCAUAUACAAAUGAACAUGGACAACAAAUAAAACAAUUACUUAGUACAAAUUCAAUUCGUCGUCAAGGUAUGUGUAUUAUGUCAUCAUUAAAUCCUGAACAAACAAAACAACAUUUAAUUGUUAGUCAAGAAAAAGGUAAACAAGCAAUGAUAACUAUAUUACAAUUAAAUUCAUUACUUAAACAAACAACAACAAUGAUUAAUAAUGUAAUAAAUGAUAAUUCAACAAAAAAAAAAUUAACAUUAAAUAAAUUAAAUACAUUUAAUAUACCAUUUACAAUAUUAUCAAUGCAACCAAAUCAAUUAAAUAGUGAUUAUUUAUGUAUAACAGGUUUAAAAGAUUGUCAUAUAUUAAAUAUUGAUAAUAAUGGACGAUUAAGAGAACCAACUAUAAUUCUUCUACCAAAUUUAGAUUCAACUGGAAAUUAUAUUAUACGAGCACAAUGGUUAUCAGAUAAAAAUCAAGCACAAAUUGCAUUAUUAACAGCUGAUUUUAUUAAAAUUUAUGAUUUAAGUAUUGAUACAAUUAGUCCUAUUUAUUAUUUUAUUCUUCCAACAGGUAAAGUACGUGAUUGUACAUUUUAUUAUACAAAACGUAAUAAUAUUGAAUAUUGUUAUAUUUUAAUAAUGGCUUCAAAUGGUUAUAUAUAUUAUGAACAAUUAUCUGAAUCAUCAUCAGCUCGUAAUGGUUCAUUUUAUGUAACAAAUACACUCGAUAUAAAACAUGAAACAAUUAAUGAAACAAAUAAUAAUGGUAUUUUACUUGGUGGUGGUGUAUCUGUUUAUUUUUCUUCAACAUUAAAACUUUUAUUUUGGUCAUAUGUUCAUGGAAAAAAUUUUUAUGGUAUUAUUGAUGAAACAAAUAUAGAAAAAUUAUUAAUGAUACGUUCAAUUGAUGUUAAAAUGACUCCAACAACAACGACAACAACAACAUCAACAUCAACAUCAACAUCAACAUCAACAUCAUCAUCAUCGUCAUCAUCAUCAACAAAUGGUAAUAAUAAAUCAACUUCAACAUAUCAUACAUUAUGUUCAUGGUCAGAAAUUCCUCAUCAUCCUGGUUUAAUUUAUACAAUGACACAAAUGACAAAUAAUCCUGUUGUAUUAAUGAUAACACCAUCAAAUGUAGGUGUAAGUGAAAUAAAAAUGCAAAUGAAAACAACUAAAAUUCAAGAUAUUGUUGCUGUUCGAUAUGAACAACGAACAACAUUUAUAUUAUUAGCUGAUGAUGGUAGUUUAAAAAUUUUAUUAGCUGAAUCAGAUAAAACAAAUUAUUGGUUAAAUAAAUUAUAUCAAAAAAAGAAAUAUUUUCCUAUGAUUGACUUAGAUUUGAAUGAUGAAUAUUUUGAUUAUGAUAAUAUUAAUUGUCAAUAUACAUUAUCAGAUAAUGAAACAGAUGAUCAACAAGAACCAAUUAUAAAACGUCGAAAACAAACAAUUACAACAGCAGCAACAACAACAACAACAUCGACAGUAACAUCAGCAUCAACAACAACAACUGGUCCAAUAAAUGAAUCUAUAAAUGGUUUAAUUAAAUUUCCUGUUGAUUUUUUUGAAUCAUGUCAGUUAUUAACUGAAUAUGAAUUUGGUGGACGUGAUUUACUUGAUGUUUAUAAUGUUGCACAACUUAAAUUACGUUUAUCAACUCCAGGAAUGUUUAUUGCAAAUGUUCGUACAGGUGGUUUUACACUUGAAGUUAUUAAUAAAGAUCCAGAUAAUAAAGUAAUAACAGGUGUACGAAUACAUAUUGGUUUAUAUUCAAUGGAUAAAUCACCACAAUAUUUUGAAUUAUUUGGACGUACAAUACAAGUUAAUAAUUUACAAGGACCACGUUGGUAUGAUUUAUGUUUAACACGUGAAGAAUCAAUUCAAGGUGAAAAAAAAUUUAAUAUAUUUAUUGCACAAUCAAUUGAUCCAAAUCAUAUAACUGUUAUUGAUGAUGUUAAAGUUUAUGGUAAAACAAAAGAAGAAUUUCAAUGGCCAGAUAAUAUCGAUGGAUCAUUAUUAACAUCAACAACUAAUACAGGAAUGACAACAACAACAAUACCAACAACAACAAAUGCAAUUAAUGAAUAUUUACAUUCAUUUAGAGAAACAAAUGAUGAAAAAGAAUUAGCAACAUUACCUUUACCAGAUAGGUUACUUGUCUAUAGUAUGCAAGUAUUAACUGGUUCAUUAUCUUUACAUCAUAAUCUAGAAGAACAAAAUCGUUCAAAAUUAAAUUCUGAUAUUGUUCAAUAUACUUCUCAUAUGUUUCAUAUGUCAUUACCACCACAAAUACAACGAUAUUCACGUCGUUUAUUAAAAGAAUUUUUUUCAUCAAUAUCAUCAACAGAUUUUGAUUUUUAUGAACAUAUCGAUCGUUUACAAUUAACAUUUUUAUCUCAAUGUUUUUCAUCAAUAAAUUAUUUAGAAUUAUUUAAUGAUAUACAAUCAUAUGAAUAUUUAUUAUUAUCAUUAUUAUCAAUAACACGUCGUCGUCCACAUAAUAUAAAUCGAUAUUUAAAUAUAAUACAAAAUGAAUCAAAAGAUGUUAUAUCAAAAUCAGCAUCAAUGGAAAUAUUUAUUCCAUAUUUAAUAAAUAUAUUUUUUAAUUUAUUAAAUCAACGUCCAACAAAUCCAUUACUUGAAUCAAUUGAUAAUAAAACAAUUAAUUUAAAACAAAUUGAAAAACUUCUUCAUAUACUUGUUGAUAUAUAUCAUUCAUUAGCAUUAAAUGAACCACAAAUAUCUAUGAAUUUAAUUGUUAAUUCUUAUAUACGUUUAUUAACAUAUCAUGAUUAUCAUAUUAAUUUUAUAAUUAAAAAUGCAUUAAAUCGUUGUAUGCAACCAAAAAUUCAACGUUUAAUAUCAAAAUUAUCAACAGCAAGUGAUUUAAAUCAACAAGAUACAACAGAUAAACAAUUUCAUUCAUUACCAUUAUCAGCACAAAUUUAUACAACUGAACAACAAAUUCGUCCACGUUGGAUAAAUACACCAUCAACAGAACCAACAACAAUAACAACAAUAACAAAUCCAAUUGUUGCCGAUGAAAAUGCUAUGUUACAAUAUGCACUUGCAUUAAGUAUGUCAGAAAAUCCUGAUCAAAUUCCACCACCACCACCACCACCAUCAAUACCAUCAUCAACAACAACAAAUAUUCAACAAACAAUUGAAUAUGUUGAUAAUGAUGAUGAAACACCAUCAACAAUACAAAAUGAUAUUGAAAUAAAUCAAAUGUUGGAAUUAAUGGUUAAUACAGAUAAUAUUAAUGAACAAUCAAUAAAUAUACAAAAUGAUCAUAGUGAUAAUAAUAGUUUAUAUGAAGGUGAUGAUGGUCAUGUAUCAGAAUCAAGUUCAACAACAAAUGAAGGUGGUGAACAAAAUACUAACGAUGAUAAUACAACAAUAACAACUAAUAAUAAUAAUGAUAAUAAUAUAACAUCAACACCAAUACCAUCAACACCAUCACCAUCAUCACAACCACCAUUAUCAUCAUCAUCAAAUGAUUCAAAUUCAACAAUAAAAUUAAAUAUAAAUGAAUCAAUUGAUUCUAAUAUAUAUGAACAACGUUUAUAUGAUUUAAAACAUUUAAUUGUUGAAAAAUUAUUAGAUAAUCUUGAUGAAUAUUUAUUAAAUAAUACACAAUUAAAUGGUUUAAAUUCCAUAGCUUAUUUACAAUUAUUAUUAACAUUAACAAUUGAAUUUGCAUCAAAAUCUGAUCAUGAUAAUCAACAAUUUGUUCAUUAUAUAUUAAAAAGUUUAUUAAGACAAAUGAUAUUUUUAAAAGAUAUUAAUCAAAAUAAUAUGAAUGAUUUAAUUAAACGUACAUCACAACAUGAAAUACAAUUAAUGUUAUUAAGAUUAUUUACUGUUUAUGUUUCAUUUAUGCUUAAAGUACGUGAUAAUGAACGUGAACAAUAUUUACAUUUAUCAUUAACAGCAGCUAAACAAUUAGAUGAAUCAAAUGUUGUUAAUUAUUGUUUAUAUGCAUUACAAAUUGUUUAUAAAUAUUUAUUAAAACAACCAAUUGAUGAAAAUUUAUUAAAUGAACAAAUGAUUUUAUCACCAAGUGGUACAACAACAUCAACAACAAAUUCACAAACAUCAUCUAUAUCAAUAAUGACACUUUUAAAACCAGUUAAUCAACAAUCAUUACCAGAUUUAUCACCAUUUUUUUAUAAACAAUAUACAAAACAUCAUGCAAAUGAUGUUUUUGAAGCAUAUCCAGAAUUAUUAGCAGAAAUUGCAACAAGAUUACCAUAUCAAAUGAAAAAAGUCAUCGAUUAUACAUCUGAAUCACGUCCAUUUUUACUUUCAUCUGAUUGGCAAAAAUGUUUAUGUGAAUAUUAUGUAUUACCUCAAGGUUCAUUUCUUAAACGUCAAAUUCGUAAAUUACUUAUGUAUAUAUGUGGUUCACGUGAUAAAUAUCGUAAAUUACGUGAUUUUCAUGUAUUAUCAACAAAUAUAACUGAAAUAAAAAAUAUUUAUGAAGAAAUUUUUUUAUUAAACAAUAAUGAACAACGUAAAACAAUAUCAACACAAAUUCCUUAUGUUACAUUAAUGCGUCUUGUUGAUCAUUUAAAAUCAUGUCAAGAUAUAAGUAAUCAACGUUGUUCAAAUUGGCAAAAAUUUUGUAAAAAUGAUUCAACAAUAUUACAUUUUCUUGUUCAAUUAAUUAUGCUUGUUGAUGAUUCAUUAGUACCAUUUAUUCUUCAUUUAUUAAUUAAUUCAAUAUCAUCACCAUCAUCAUCAUCAUCAUCAUCCGCAGCAACAGCAGCAGGAUCAGCACCAACAUCAGCAGCAACAUCAUCAUCAACAACAACAACAACAACAACAACAACAUCAAAUCGAAUAUUAAAAACAAGUAAAUCUGUUCGUCCAAAUGAUUUUGAUUCAACUGAUGAUAUAUCAAUAUGUUCUAUUGCAUUACAAUUUUCUAAAAUAAUAUCAAAUAAAUUAUUAGAAGAUUUUAUUCGUUUAUUUUUAUUAGAAAAUAAUCAACAAUCAAUACGUUGGUUAACACAUACAUUUUUAUAUAAUUUAUAUAUAAAUUCAAAUAAACAAUUACAAGAUUAUAUAUUUGAUUUAUUAAUUAAUUUAUGGUCAACAAUAUCAUAUUAUGGUUUAAAAUCAUUUCAAUAUAUUGAUUUAUUAGGUUAUAUUAUAAUUAAAAAUAAAGAUGAUAAACGUACAAAUGAAUUUUUACCUAAAUUAGAAUUAAUGUUAAAAACACAAAAUCAAUUAUUAUUAAAUCAUCCAAAUGCAUCAAUUUAUCGUCGUUUAUCAACAAUAAUUGAUAUUGAACAAAAUAAUGGUUAUUAUUUUGAAACAGAACCAUGUUUAGUUUGUAAUAAUCCUGAUAUACCAUAUCAACAAGUUAAAUUACAAGCAAUUAAACUUGAUCAACGUUAUACAACACAAUCACAUAUUGUUAAAUUAAUUCAAGCAUAUUCAAUACAAAAAUUACAUAUAAAAAUGUCUGAAAUAAAACGUAAUAAAGCUGUACGUACAAUACGUUUUUAUUAUAAUAAUCGUCAUGUACAAUCAAUAGUUGAUUUAAAAAAUAGUGUUAAUUGUAAAUGGUUAUUAGCUAAAACAAUUAAAUUAACAAAUAUACAACAAACAGAAGUUAAAAUUGAUUUUAUUAUACCAAUUAUUGCUUGUAAUUUAAUGAUUGAAUAUGUUGAUUUUUUUGAAACACCAACAUCUAAUUUACCAACAGUUACAGAUACAACAACAUUACAAUGUCCAAGAUGUAAUUCAGCUGUUGCAGCAACACCUGGCAUUUGUCCUAAUUGCGGUGAAAAUGUUUUUCAGUGUCAUAAAUGUCGAUCAAUAAAUUAUGAUGAACGUGAUCCAUUUUUAUGUAAUUCUUGUGGUUAUUGCAAAUAUUGUAAAUUUGAUUUUAUUUUUACUGCUAAACAAAUUAAUUAUGUUGAACCUAUUGAAUCCGAUGAAGAUCGUAUUAAAACAAUUGCUAAUAUAAGUCAAUUAUUAGAAAAAACCGAUAAAAUCUAUCGUCAAUUACUUAAUCAAAAACCUAUUCUUGAAUAUUUAUUAACUAAAUUAAAUUCUGAUGAUCAAACUUCAACUUUAAUACCUCCAUUACCAACAACAACAACAACAACAACAAUAACAAAUCCAACAACAACAACAACAACCGGUGACACAUCUGAUCAACAACAACAACAACAACCUCCUAGUGUACCAACACCAACAAUAACUUUACCAUCAACAAAUAAUCCAAAUGGUAUUAAUCGUAUUGUACAACAAAUAGCACCAAAAUAUAAUAUUGAAUGUCGUCAAACAUAUGAUGAACUUGGUAAAUAUAUACAAAAAAUAAUAUGUGCACGUAAAGAACUUAAUACAUAUGAUCAACGUCAUUCAAAUUCAUUAUCAACAAAAAUAAUGAUAACAACACCAUCACGAUCACAUCAUUGUUAUGGUUGUAUAUUAUCAACAAUAUCACAUUGUAUAUUACUUUUACGUGCAUUUGUUACAUCAUCAAAUCGUUUAAAACAAUCUAUAACAAAUAAUAUAUCAUUAAUUGAUGAAUUAUUAUUAAAUAAUAUACGUUAUACAAAUCAACAAAUACGUCAUGAUGUACGUUUAUUAUUUUGUUAUUUAACACGUGAUAAUAUACAAUUAACUGAUUAUAUAACAACAAAAAUUUUAAAUAAAAUUGAAAUAAUUUUUGAACAAAAAUUUAUUUUAUCAUCAUCAUCAUUAAUUAAUUAUGAUAUAUUAGUACUUUUUUCACUUAUACAACGUUCAAAUCAAGAUGAUCAAGAUUUAUGUUGGGAAAAUAAAUUACGUUGUAUAUUUAAAUUAUUUCUUUAUUCAUUAAAAAUUUCAACACCACAAAUACUUGAAUUAAUAACAUUACCUUGUUUAAAAAUGUUAUUACAAUUAUCUAAAUCACAACAAAUAACAACAAAUAUUAAUUCAACAAAAUUAAUUUCAAUUGAUAUUGAAAAAUUUCUAUCAAAACAAAUAACAUAUCAAGAUUGGAAUAAUAAUUUAAAUGAUAAUAAUAAUAAUUUUUCUUUAACAUCUACUAAUAAAUCAUGGUUAGAAAAAUUAAUAUUUUGUUCACAAUCAGCAACAAUACGUUAUUUAACAUGUAAAUUAAUUCAAACACUUUGUAUAAAUGAUAAACAAAAAUUAUUUAUUAUACAAAUAUUAAUGAAUUAUUUACAUAAUAUAUGUGAUGAAAAUCUUUUAAAAUAUUCAUAUGAAUAUGUACAAUUAAUUAAAGAUUUAUUAAUAAAUGAUAAUCAAUUAAAAUUAAUAUUAUGUAAUGAUGAACAAUUUAAUAUAAUAAAACAUAUUGCUAAAUUAAUUGAAAAUGAAAUAUUAAUUAUUAAUAAACAAGAUGAAAAAAAUUUAUUAAAUUCAAAUUUAACAUUUGGUUAUUCAAUUAAAUCUUUAACUGAAUUAUUAAAUUUAUUUUUACAACAAGAUGAAUUAAAACAAAAAUAUAAAUCAAUAUUAAUUGCUAUUGUAUUAAAUGGUUAUUUAACAUUAAAAAAAUUAAUUAUACAACGUACAAAAUUAAUUGAUGAAGCACAAAAUAAAAUGUUAGAAUUAUUAGAACAAAUGACAAGAGGUAAUGAACAAGAAACAAGACAAUUUAUGAUUAUUUGUAUUGAUACAAUUGAAAAAUUUCAAUUAGAUGAUAUGCAAACACCAUUAUUUAUAUUUGAACGUUUAUGUAAUUUAAUUUAUCCAGAAGAAACUAUGCAAGAAAAUAAAGAAUUUUUUAUUGUCGUAGAAAAAGAUCCAAAUCAAGAAGAUUUCUUACAAGGACGAAUGAUGGGUAAUCCAUAUAGUUCAGCAGAUCCAGCUAUGGGUCCAUUAAUGCGUGAUAUAAAAAAUAAAAUUUGUACUGAUUGUGAAUUAAUUGCAUUACUUGAAGAUGAUAAUGGCAUGGAAUUACUUAUUGCAAAUAAAAUAAUUAAUUUAGGUUUAGCUGUUCGUGAUGUUUAUAAAAAAGUUUGGUUACCAUAUAUAAAUUCUCAUCAAACAACACCAUCAAAUGCUGAUCCAACAGCAAGUGUUCAACCAGUUGUUAAUUCAUCACAAAAUGAAUAUGAACCUAUGCAUAUUGUUUAUCGUAUGCGUGGUUUAUUAGGUGAUGCAACAGAAGAUAUAAUUGAAACAUUUGAUACAAAGAAAAAUGCUAAUGAAAAUGGUGAAGAUGAUCCUGAAGAUAUAUAUCGUUUAGCUAAUGUUCUUAGUGAACAUUCAGGUUUAGAAACUAUGCUUAAACGUUUAGAUUCAAUUCAUGAUAUGUCAUCAGGAAAAGCAUUAUUACAAAUUUUAUUAAAAUUAUUUGAAUAUGCUAUUAAACUUAAAGUUAAUCGACAACGUUUAAUUAAUCCAAAUUUACGUUCAAUAUCAUCUAUGUUAAAUAAACUUAAUUUAUUAUUAAAAACUGAAACUGAAGAACAAGGACGUGAUCAAGGACUUUUAUUAUUAACAGAAAAACUUCUUUUUAUUAUGGAUCAAUUAUUUCAUGAAGCAAGUACAACAUUAUCACAAGAUAAAUAUAAUGAAUUUUCUGUAUCAUGUGAAGGUGAUAUUGAACAAUUACGUUCAUUACUUAAUUAUAUAAAAUUACCAUUUGUUAAAACUCAUCCAAGUUUAAUGGAAGCUCUUAUUCAUUUAUUACCAUAUUUAUCAUUUGGAAAUAAAGAAAAAAUGCGAACAUUACUUGAUUAUUUUAAAUCAUAUUUAGAAUUUGAUCGAUUUGAUCUUGAACAAACAUCAUCAUCAACAACAACAACAAUAUCAAAUGAUAAUGAUAGUCAAUUACAUUUAGAUUGUUUUUGUGAAAUAUGUAAACAUUUAGAUAAAAAAUCUGUUUAUGGUAAAGAAUUUCGUGAUCUUGUUAAUGAAUCAAAUGGUAUUAUUGAUCAAUGUAUAAAUUAUAUUGAAUCAAAUUCACCACAAGUUAAAACAUAUUUAGGUAUGCAAGAUCAAGAUAGUUGGAAAGAAUUUUUAAAUAAACCAAGUUUAUCUUAUGUAUUACGUUUAUUAACGGGUUUAUCAUAUGGACAUGAACAUAUUCAAAUGAAAAUUGGACAAAGUUUAAUUCCAAUUUUACAUAAAAUUGAACAAUUAACAACAGCUGGUAAAGUUGGUGUUUUAGCUGAAGAUCUUUUACAUUCAUUAACUGAAAAUGAACAAGUUGCAAAAAAAAUUGAUGAUGUUAGAAAUCAAACACGUGCAGAAAAAAAACGUUUAGCACAAGAAGCACGUGAUAGAAAAAUGCGUGAAUUAAAUUUAACAAAAAUAACACGAAAUAAAAGUGUAUCAGAAUCAUCAGCAACAGCAUCAAAAACACCUGUAUCACAUGGUGAUUUAACUGAUGAAACUGGUCAUGUUUGUUGUAUUUGUCGUGAAGGUUAUAAAUAUUUUCCAAAUAAAGUUUUAGCUAUUUAUACAUUUACAAAAAAAGUUGAUAUUGAACCAUAUGAAGCUAAAACACGAAAAACACCUGGUUAUGCAACUGUAACACAUUUUAAUAUUAUACAUAUUGAAUGUCAUACAUCAGCUAUUAAACAAGCACGAUCAAGAGAUGAAUGGGAAUCAGCUUUAUUACAAAAUGCAAAUACACGUUGUAAUGGUUUAUUACCAUUAUGGGGACCUGAUGUUGCUGAAGCACAAUUUACAACGGCACUUGCAAGAUAUGAUACGAAUAUAAUCGAAGCAACAGGUAUUCGUGAAACAUCACCAACAUUAUCAAUUCAUGAUAUAAAACUUUUAUUACUUCGUUUUGCUGAUGUACAAUCAUUUAGUGAAGAUACAGGUGGUGGUGGACGAGAAUCAAAUAUACGUUUGAUUCCAUAUGAAAUGCAUACAAUUCUUUAUGUUCUUACAACAACUCGACAAAUUGAACGUGAAGAAAAAUUAUUACAAAAUUAUCUUAGUCGUCCUGAUUUAUUAAUAAAUGAAGUAUUUGAAGUUGAUGGUCCUUUCUUUCUAACAACAUUAUCAUUAAUUAUAAUGAAACCAAAUGAUUGGGAAAAAAAUCGUCGUAUUUUUCUUCAAAAACUUCUUCUUACUACACAUAUUCGAUCAGUCAAUACAUCAAAUGAUCGAACAAAAAUUGCUUCAAAAGCAUUAAAAUCAUUUGCAACUUAUAAAACAACUCUUGUCUUUUUUGGUCUUGUCAAUGCAUUUUUUGUUCAUAUGUUAAAUCCGCGUUUUGAUAUGACAUCGACCCUCCCAUACAAUCAACAAUUGGCACAAUUUCUUCGUUGUAAUGAUGCGUUUAUUAUGGAAGCAUGUACAAAAAUCUUAAAACAUUUCGAACAAGAUUUACUUCCAAGUCAAACAUUUGAAGCAUUAUUUAAUGCAUUAGAUUUAAGUCAAUUAUCUGAACAAUGGAUACAAGAUGCUAUUAAUAUAUUGCCAUAG